CUUGUAGUUUAGCCUACUGCUGAUUACGAGUUAUUUGAUGAUUUCGAGAUGAUCUCAUCGACUAUGUGUGGUUUUCUUUUGUGUACACCUUCUUGCAUUAGCGUUUCGUGAACAUCCAUAUCAUAUGGUCUUGCCAAACGAUCAAAAAUGGAAAUCAUUGCAUGUUGGAGCUAGGUUGGGGCGAAGCCCUGAGAAGAGGGUAACUCGUUUUCACGUUCUCCAAAUUUGACGCUUUGUCAUUCGGAGAACGGCAACAGGGAGGAUGACGAAAAAAAUGGCCACGAACAAAACAUGCCUUGUUCCCGGACGCAAGUUCUCCGCUAUCCUUGCGGCAUCUCUGUUGAACGAGGCAGAUGCUCGUGAGUUUCUGGAGCUAAGGAAGACGCACGAUGUUGGAGCGAUGGCUCACGAUUCACCGGCUAUCGUGAUGCCUCACGAGGAAAAACCAGAAAUAAAGCAGGGUCCGGGACAAGCGGGCGGUAAUGUGAGACAAUCAAUUCACUGUUUUUCGACAUUCGUUCACAGUGCUGGACAAUGAUAGUAAACCACAACAGAAGUGCCUAAAGGUUUCCACGACCCGUUGUUUUAUUAUUAUUUUCUCCUGAACUUGACCAACAACAACACAACAUCAAGAUCAUUAAUAAAGGGGUCACAACUUCUUGAUAUAAAGAUAUCUAUAUUAUUAUUUUCUCCUGAAAACGCAUUCUACAGGGCCGUUAACACCUAGAACGACAACAACUACAGCCGCGGAUCCGCAUGUCACGACAACAGCUGUGAAUCCACAAAAUGCGCAGCCAACACAAACGGUAUAGUACAACUUAUAUGUAUUUAAAUGAUUUUAUUUACAAUUAAUUUACAGAUAAAAAAAAAAAAUUACCACCUCCAACUUAGAUCCUGUUUGUUUCGAUGAUGAUCUUCAUAGUCGACAAACAAUGAUUUUCAGGUGACGCAGGCUGUUGGGCUGCACGAGGAGAAGCAGGCAAGGGAGGGCGGGUCGAGUGGCUCUGCUGGGUUUGAGGAAAUUACUGCUCUGAGUGAAAAACUGUUCGAUGAGACAAGGAGAGAACUGAAUGUGAUCAAAAAGGUGGACGAGAUGAUGAAGAAGGAAAUCGCAGACGUCGAAAAAAUGCGUUAAAAAAUAAAUCGUAGGGCCGAUUACACGACAAAUGCCGGCCAGGGUUCGAAGACAAUACUAUGAUGUGUAGUUGUAACAUGUUAUGGAGGAACUGGGAUCUGCUCUUAUUCAUACCUAUUCCAAUAUAUUGCAUGCAACGAUACCUCGAUACGCAUAAGAGAUGAACCACCUGAGUAAGGCUAGCAUAACAACACCUGAUGUAUCAUGAAAACAAACCUUGGACAAUAAACGACAUUUUUAACUUGAUGUGCAGAAAAGAAACGAAGGAACUAGUCGUGAUUUUUACAUAAUAAUAAUGAAAAUCAACGUCAACGUGUCGCGCUCCUCUGCUGAGAAGAGAAAUGGAUAUUGUAUACCUAGUAAUAGUAUUCUUGCUUCUUGGAUUCAACAAUGAAUGUUAUCAAAAGUUUGGAAGAGCUGUGAUCAGCUGUUUAAUAUUUAUAAUUCAUCAAAUUUUCGACUAAUGCUGCAUCUUGAAUGCAGCAGUGACAUGAAGACACGCAAAAGCCGUUUCUCAAAAAGACUUCCUUAAGCAGUAAGUUGAGC